CAAAAAUGUAUCACUCAAAUACUAAGCUCCCUGGCGCCAUCUCAAACUUGACUUUGACUUCACAUCACUCAUUCCCUGUACUUCGCAUCUGCGAGCCCUAACCAUCCCCAUCCCCCAUCCAUUUCUCUCUGUCCGAGUCGAGUGCGCCUGAAUCAUGCCUCAGAAGGAAUUCUGUCCCAAGCACUACGAGGCAAUCUCUACAGAUUCCCAGGAGUCUCCUAGCGUUUCUCUCCGCUCAACAACCCGGAAUCGUCAGUUCGACUUCUUCUUCGAGCCCAUCCGCGCAAACCUGUUCCGAGUCACCUUCUCGUCGCCAGACCAUCCCCUCCCUCCUCACCCCAGCGUCACCCGACCCGCCACAGAUCUUCCCCACACCCACGUCUCCACGACAAGCGAUGAGCAAGCCAGAACAAUCCAAGUCGGAGACGUCACGGCCACGGUCGAAUGGGCCAACACGCCCGUGGUCUCGCUGUCGCUGAAGGGACAUGACCAGCCACUGUACCGGGAUCUGCCACUGCGCUCAUACGUCGCAGACGGGACCGGCAUAGCGCACUACACCGAGCACGACCGCAACGCUCUGCACGUAGGACUCGGGGAGAAGCGCGCCCCGAUGGACCUCAGCGGACGCCACUUCAUUCUCUCCGCGACAGACAGCUUCGGCUACGACGUCUACAACACCGACCCUCUCUACAAGCACAUCCCACUCCUCAUCAAGGCGACGCCCCAGGGCUGCGUCGCGAUCUUCUCCACCACGCACGGCCGAGGCAGCUGGUCCGUCGGCUCGGAAGUCGACGGCCUCUGGGGACACUUCAAGGUCUAUCGCCAGGAUCACGGCGGCCUGGAACAGUACCUCAUCGUCGGGAAGACACUCAAGGAGGUCGUCCGGUCGUAUGCGGAGCUCGUCGGGUUCCCUCUUCUAGUGCCGCGAUGGGCCUAUGGGUACAUCUCCGGGGGGUACAAGUACACGAUGAUGGACGAGCCGCCCGCGCACCAAGCGCUCAUGGACUUCGCCGAUAAGCUCCGGGAGCACGACAUCCCCUGCUCGGCCCACCAGAUGAGCUCCGGGUAUUCGAUCGCGGAGACGGAGCCCAAGGUCCGCAACGUCUUCACCUGGAACAAGUACCGCUUUCCAGACCCGGAGCAGUGGAUUGCAGCGUACCACUCGCGGGGCAUCCGUCUCUUGACAAACAUCAAGCCCUUCUUGCUCGCUUCGCAUCCGGACUUCAAGAAGCUGGUGGACGGGAACGGGUUUUUCAACGACCCCGAGACAGACGCGCCCGGGUUCAUGAGGCUCUGGAGCGCCGGGGGCGCAACGGGAGGUGACGGCUGUCACAUCGACUUCACCUCCGCCGCCGCCUUCCAGUGGUGGUACGAUGGCGUGCAGAGGCUGAAGCGUGCGGGCAUCGACGGCAUGUGGAACGACAACAACGAGUACACGCUUCCAAACGACGACUGGCGCCUGGCCGGUGAUGCACCCGCUGUGUCCGACGCCAGCGCCAGGCAGGCGGCCUCCAAGAACAACAACAACACCGUAGGACUCUGGGGUCGGGCAUUGCACACCGAGCUCAUGGGCAAGGCCUCCCACGACGCCCUGCUGGACCUCGAACCCAGCUACAGACCCUUCGUGCUCACGCGGAGCGCCACGGCGGGCACCAUGCGCUACGCAGCGAGUACCUGGAGCGGAGACAACGUGACGAGCUGGGAGAGCAUGAAGGGUGCGAACGCCCUGUCACUGAGCGCAGGGAUCUCUCUUUUACAAUGCUGCGGCCAUGAUAUCGGCGGCUUCGAAGGACCCCAACCCUCCCCCGAACUCCUCCUCCGCUGGAUCCAACUAGGCAUCCACUCCCCGCGCUUCGCCAUCAACUGCUUCAAAACCUCCCCCGGCAACACCUCCGUCGGCGAAAUCAUCGAGCCUUGGAUGUACCCCGAGAUCACGCCCUUAGUCCGGGACGCAAUCAAACGCCGCUACGAGAUCCUGCCAUACAUCUACUCCCUCGGUCUCGAGAGCCACCUGACGGCUUCCCCGCCGCAACGCUGGGUCGGCUGGGGCUACGAAUCCGACCCGGAGGUGUGGACAAAAGCUCUGAAAUCGGGCGACGAGCAGUUCUGGUUCGGCGACACGAUCCUCGUCGGCGGGGUCUACGAGCCCGGCGUGAGCGUCGCCAGGCUCUAUCUGCCGCGCAGCAGCGGCUUUGACUACGGAUUCAUCAACAUGAACGAGCCGUACAACUACCUGGCCUCAGGCCAGUGGGUCGAGAUCCCCUCCGAGUGGCAGAAGUCGAUUCCGCUGCUGGCCAGAGUCGGCGGCGCGAUUCCCGUCGGCAAGGCGGUGCAGACCCGCGUGCCGGGCGACGAGACCGCGGCCUCGGUGGCCGUCGAGGAGCUGGACGAUUAUCGCGGUGUGGAGGUUUUCCCGCCGAAGGGCACCUCGCACGACCAGGUGUUUUCCACGACCUGGUACGAGGACGAUGGGAUCUCGGUGCAGCCGAGGAUCUCGAGGUAUACCGUGCGGUAUAGCGCCACAGUCGAGAAAGUCAUGGUGGGUUUGGCGCGCGACGAGACGAGUGGGUUUGUUCCGGCUUGGAGGGAUCUGGAUAUUAUCCUGCCGUAUGGCGAUGAGAGACACGUUGUUUCGGAGGAUGGGAGUGUGGUGGUGUCGAAAGGGAAAGACGGCCGGGGUCGCGGAGUCUAUACCUUCAAGCAUUAGAUGAG